ACAUUUGCCAGUGGCCAAAUUGAGUAAACAUAAAUGUACAUUUGGUUGGUAACUUUACAGCAAAGUUGUUGUUGCACAGUGUUAACAUGGCCUGAAUUAAAUACAUGUAAUUCAUUUUGGUUGAUUCGUCUUCCCCUGGAUUUCGCCAAGUUGUAAGAUAAAGACGGCCAAGGAAAGAGCGCGUGGGGAUAAUAGCGGGCUGUGCGUGUGACAUCACACAGAUUCUUCACUAGCUCCUCUCGGCAUAGCUCCCGUUUGUAUUUAGGGGGAUGGGGCCAUGCCGAGGAUGAUAAAGCGCUCAUGGUGUUGUAAUUUACUCCUUGGCUAAAUCCUUCCACUUCCUAACGGAGCCUUCCACAUUGUUUUAUGUAGUACCCAUUCACGUAUGUAUUUUGGCGACGUUUGACCUGAGAAAAGUGGAGUAGCCAUACGACCACGGUGCAAGCUGAAAAACUACAAAAUGUAUUCCAGUGGAGCUGCUGGAGCUGCUGAGAUGCUUGAACCACCUCACUCCUCUGGGUCAAUUGGCUCUGAUCCCCCGUCUCCCCCAGUGCCAGAGUAUGUGUUCAAACCCCCCUCACGGCCAGACUUUGGCACCAUGGGCAGGACAAUCAAACUGCAGGCAAACUUCUUUGAGAUGGAGAUCCCCAAACUGGAGGUCUACCACUAUGACAUCGACAUCAAGCCAGAGAAAUGCCCCAGAAGGGUCAACCGUGAAAUUGUGGAGCACAUGGUACAGCACUUUAAAACGCAGAUCUUUGGUGAUCGAAAGCCAGUGUAUGAUGGGAGGAAGAAUCUUUACACAGCCAUGCCCUUACCCAUAGGGAGGGAAAAGGUGGAGCUGGAGGUGACCAUCCCAGGCGAGGGGAAGGACCGGAACUUCAAAGUGGCCAUAAAGUGGGUGUCCUGCGUCAGCCUGCAAGCUCUUCAGGAAGCCCUGUCUGGACGACUGCCAAACAUCCCCUUUGAGACCAUCCAGGCCCUGGAUGUAGUCAUGAGACAUUUGCCCUCUAUGAGGUACACCCCCGUCGGACGUUCUUUCUUCACCCCUUCAGAGGGCUGCUCUAACCCCCUGGGUGGGGGCAGAGAGGUCUGGUUUGGGUUCCACCAAUCGGUCAGGCCUUCCCUGUGGAAGAUGAUGCUAAACAUUGACGUGUCGGCCACCGCGUUCUACAAGGCUCAGCCUGUGAUUGAGUUCAUGUGUGAGGUUUUGGAUUUCAAAAGCAUUGAAGAACAACAGAAGCCCUUAACCGACUCCCAGAGAGUAAAGUUUACCAAGGAAAUCAAAGGUAAUCAUUCAUUACCAGGUCUGAAGGUUGAGAUCACUCACUGUGGUCAGAUGAAAAGGAAGUACAGAGUGUGUAACGUGACCAGAAGACCAGCCAGCCACCAGACGUUUCCACUGCAGCAGGAGAAUGGCCAGACCAUAGAAUGCACGGUAGCGCAGUACUUCAAAGACAAAUACAAACUCAUACUGCGCUACCCCCACCUCCCCUGUCUACAGGUCGGACAGGAGCAGAAACACACCUACCUCCCCCUCGAGGUCUGUAACAUAGUGGCUGGCCAGCGGUGCAUCAAGAAGCUGACCGACAAUCAGACGUCCACUAUGAUCCGUGCCACAGCCCGAUCGGCACCCGACCGUCAGGAAGAGAUCAGCAAACUGAUGAGAAGUGCCAACUUUAACAAUGAUCCUUACGUUCGUGAGUUUGGGGUGAUGGUGAGGGAUGAGAUGACCGAGGUGAACGGUCGAGUCCUCCAGGCCCCAUCUAUCCUCUACGGAGGGCGGCAGAAUAAAGCAAUAGCAACUCCCAUCCAGGGAGUGUGGGACAUGAGGAACAAGCAGUUCCACACUGGCAUUGAGAUCAAGGUGUGGGCCAUCGCCUGCUUUGCCCCACAGAGACAGUGCACUGAACUCCUCCUCAAGGCGUUCACAGACCAGCUGCGUAAGAUCUCUCGCGACGCGGGGAUGCCCAUCCAGGGCCAACCCUGUUUCUGUAAGUACGCCCAGGGUGCGGACAGCGUGGAGCCCAUGUUCAAACACCUCAAGUACACCUACCAGGGCUUGCAGCUGGUGGUGGUCAUCCUGCCUGGGAAGACGCCUGUCUAUGCUGAGGUGAAGCGUGUUGGUGACACGGUGCUGGGGAUGGCCACCCAGUGUGUCCAGGUGAAGAAUGUUCAGAAGACCACUCCCCAGACCCUCUCUAACCUCUGCCUGAAGAUCAAUGUCAAGCUGGGCGGGGUCAACAACAUCCUCCUCCCACAGGGCAGGCCCCUGGUGUUCCAGCAGCCGGUCAUCUUCCUGGGUGCUGACGUCACUCACCCUCCUGCUGGAGACGGGAAGAAACCCUCCAUCGCUGCAGUGGUGGGGAGCAUGGAUGCCCACCCCAGCCGCUACUGUGCCACGGUGCGGGUGCAGCAGCAUCGCCAGGACAUCAUCCAGGACCUGGCCACCAUGGUCAGAGAGCUGCUCAUCCAGUUCUACAAGUCCACCCGCUUCAAGCCCACCCGGAUCAUCUACUACCGCGACGGCAUAUCUGAGGGCCAGUUCAACCAGGUUAGACUUGAGGUGCUCCAACAUGAGUUACUUGCAAUCCGUGAGGCCUGCAUCAAACUGGAGAAAGACUACCAGCCCGGUAUCACCUUCGUGGUGGUGCAGAAGAGACACCACACUCGACUGUUCUGCAUGGACAGAAACGAGAGGGUUGGUAAGAGUGGUAACAUCCCUGCCGGCACCACAGUGGACACCAAAAUCACUCACCCAUCGGAGUUUGACUUCUACCUGUGUAGCCACGCUGGCAUUCAGGGGACCAGCCGACCAUCCCACUACCAUGUGCUGUGGGACGACAACCAUUUCACCUCAGACGAGCUGCAGGUGCUCACCUACCAGCUGUGCCACACCUACGUGCGCUGCACCCGCUCCGUCUCCAUCCCAGCACCAGCCUACUACGCACACCUGGUGGCAUUCCGUGCCCGCUACCACCUGGUGGACAAGGAGCACGACAGUGCGGAGGGCAGUCACACGUCGGGACAGAGCAACGGGCGCGACCAGCAGGCCUUGGCCAAGGCAGUUCAGAUCCACCAGGACACACUGCGCACCAUGUACUUCGCCUGAAGCACCAGGCCUGGGCACCGGGGGCGGGCAUGGGUGAGACAGACCCAACAGGGAAGAAGCCUUCUCUCCUCCCACCUAACCCCUUUACUGUGUGGGCGUUAAGUGGGUUUGUGCCAUCUCGUCUCUCCCCGCCAGUAAGGGGGAAUUAUACAAGUGUCAUACCAAACAAAUUAGGUAGGGUUUCUUUUCCAAAAUGUCCACAAUUGUUUUCAAACACACACAUGCAAAACCGCUUUCUUCCCCCCCCCCUUCCUGGCCUAACCCUGGUCAUUAUUAGGCAGUAGUAUGUAAAAUGAUUCCUCAGAAAUGGAUUGUGGUGGUAUUUGUACAUUGGGGGGGGAUAACCUGUUUACAGAGUUUGAGCAAAGGAAAGAAAAAUCGGUAUUACUUUUUUUACACUGACAGUUGGAAAUACUUCUAUCAAACUAGGGGGCAGUAUAAUCACACUUUGGGGUUGUUUAGAAUCUACACACAAGAUCACACUAUACCGUUUUUUUGAAGGGGUCCCCAGGGUUGAAGGGAGGUGGGGAUAUCGAAGACGAGAAGGGUCCGAUAGAAGGUUUAUAAUCAUUGUUACUCUUCAACUUUAUUUAUCAGCCAAUCAAAGCAAAGUGCACUGACCAGACGGAUACUUUAACCAGGACACAAGUACUUAACGUGUUGUCUUUUCCUUUGUAUGUACUAUGAAUUUAACAGGCUCGGAUACAGUACCAGCCUCAGAGUAUUUGUCCUCCAUCAACACUGGUGACCAACACACGUUUUUAUGCUGCAUCUGAUGACUGCUAAGCAAGUGGUUUUUGCAUUAGAUUUUCAUUAGACUUUGAAACUGUUAACACUUAUUUUUUAUCAAGACUUAUACAAAUUAAUAAUAUGAAAUCGUAACGACAGUCAUUUUUGCUGUCUUGCCUUUUACUUGGACUGGGUUGUUUUGUAAAUCUAUGGCCAGUGUGGCCAGAGAAUAGAUUUACUAAUAGAAUGGGACUGGUUCCCAACAGACACCUUUGUUGUGUUCUCUGAGCCACAUUACAUGUGAAGACAUCUACAUUAGGGAGGGGUCAAGUCUCUUGAAAUGGAAUCCGUCAUCUUGUUUUAGUAUCCCCCUUAUUUCCAUGUGAUUCCUUUUUUUUGUCUUUUUUUUUUGCGCAUAGAUGACUCACACAUUCGAUUUAGGCAUUUGGAUAUGUUAACCCUAUCUGUAGUUUUUCUUUAUGGUUUUAUGGCAGCGAAAUGGUUUUCUCCCUGCUGGGGGCCAGUUGUAAUGCUGGCAUCUUGUAGUACAGUCGUUGGUGUAUGAAUCGGUACAGUAGAGUGAAGCCUGUGAUGGAAGUGUCAGACACUUCAGCAUAGGGACUGGACUGGAGAAUGGCCUGGGGUUCUAUUGGGGGAGAAAGGAUUCCAUAGACCGAUAGCUAUUUUAUCUUGGUUAUUGCUCUGUAAAAAAGGGAGUAAUUAUGCGUAUUCUACUAGUCAAGCAAAGGUUUGGUUUUUAUGCAAAUGGUUUUUAAUUGUGGGCUUUGUAUCAUAGCCUCGUGGGAUAUAGGGUAUAUUUUGAAUACGCUUUUAGAAGAGAUUGUUAAAAUGAAAAUAGAAGGAAAGCAUUUUACGAUUGUCCCGUAUGUAGUUGAAUGAAAUUAAGCCAAAUAGUUUAUUUAUGCAGAACUUACAUGCAGAAAUUGUAAUGCCUUCCAAAACUGUCCUUGAAAUUCUACAAACAAAAAGUUCUACAAACAAAAAGUAUUUUUAAAAUGUCCUUUUCUGUUCUCCUCCUUAGUAAUUACAUUUUAGCUGGUUUUUUCAUAUAGCCUAGAUUGGCUGGCUUUUAUCUCGCUCUUUUCUAACUAUGCAUUGUUUUUAACCAAGAGAUUUUAGCAGUGAUGUUUCUCAAAUAUGAAUUUAGGUCAUUUGUAGAGUAGUAGUUUUUUGUUGUUGUUGCUUGCUGCGUUUUAAUAGGGUUUUUUAGUGCUUCUUCCCUAGACCUUUGUAAUGGUAUGGGGGAUUGUAUUGUCCUCAUUUGUAUUGUAUAUUUGAUAGCACAAAAAAAAUCGGUAUAUACUUUGUAGAACACACAUCACUCUUCUUAGCCAAACAAGAUUACAUAUUUUGUACAAAAUUCAUGUCCUAAAGAAACUGAAGCACAAGAGACCAUCUUAAUUACAGGUGCUCAACUUUUUCCCCUUUCACUAAUGUCACCUUAAAUCCCAAGAUGCUCUUCACUUGCCAUAAGUAUGGAGAUAGACGCUCUUUUUUUUCUCUCUCCCUUACUGACAUUAAUUUCUCAUUACCUUCAAAGUCAUCCGAAAUCCGACUGACUGUUUGUGGGGCAUUCUUAGAAAUCAAAUACUUGAUAUUUACUGUCAUGUCUAUUAUUGUUAUUAUUCGGUGCUGGUCUCGCGAUGUGUACAUUUGGAUGCACUUUUGAUAGUGAACAUGAAUUCCAUUGAUUGGUCGAGCCAAGCAGGAAACUCGGACAUACAUAAUGUGCAGUUGUGUUGAAAUGGCUGUGUGUUCUACCUCUUGUUACCUGUUCAAGUGUUAUGGUAACGUCACACUGCUGGUCAUUUCUUCAUAAUUACACAGGAUAUUUUAUCUGAUAGGCAUCGUUUGAAUCGUACAUUGUCACGUGUUUAAACAUUUGUCAUGUAUGACAGUCAGUGAACCUGCGUUCUGUAAUCAUAGUUUCACAUUUUUAGCACCUUGUUUUAAUCACAACUUCAUUGCAUAUCCUUGGAGAUAGAUGGUGUUGCCUAACGGACUGCUUUGUAAGCAACAUGUUUGUAAAGCCAAGGCUAAUAAAAAUUGUAGCUGCUCACCCACAAUUUGAUGAUUAGUAUUGUUCAUUGACAUCUGUCUUUUUAAACUAUUAGCUUAAUACUUUUGAAUAUGUAACAUGUACUGUUCUGCUCCCAUAGAUGUACAUGGAAAGGCAUCUCCCAUGUUGCUUUAAUUGUGUUCAUUGAAUGCAGCGUUUCAAUGAAAUAUUGACGUUUUUGGAAUGUAUCAUCUUAGCUCCCCUCAUUGUUAUGUUUUAUUCAUGUUUGCUACAGUCAACCCAACAGGUGGCAGAUUUUUUUGUUUGUUGAUACAAUUCAAGUAGACUUGAUAACAUGAGUUGAUGUUAUUGCCGUGGAAACUAUGAUCAAGCAUGACGUGUCGUAGGGUGCACUGGUCAAUACAGCAUGUUUGCUUGUCCAUUGAAAUGUGAACAUUGUCCUUUUCAAUAUGGAUAAUGCUCAACGUUUCAUACUACCGUUUCCCUACCUGAAGUCUGCCUCACCCUUUGUUCAUCCUAAACUUGGGAGAUGUGGUCUUGUUACUGCUUAUUCCUGUUUUAAAUGACCUAUUUAUACUCAGCACCUUGGAUUAUACCAGACCUGUACAGCAGUGCUUUUCCUGAAAAUAUCCUAAACAUUUGAUAACAAUGAUCUUUUUGCACUAAAAUAAAACCCCUUUUGGAGCUGUAGUUGAGUGUAGUGUAUUGUCUGAGAAAGAAUGAGAGAUCAGAUCAGCUGGUUAUAUGAUUCUUACAUUGUUUAAUACCAGGCUAGUUUGUCUGGUGAGACCACACCAAGUCAUUGCAUUGACAACUGGUCCCAGAUUACACACGUGCACUAAGUCAGACAUUCAGAUGGUUACACCUAGGCCUAUUUGUCGAGAGGGAUUCUCCCAGCCAGCAUACAGUGGGUGAUUCACUGAAAAUAAUGCCUUUAACGUCUUCGUCAGAUAAAUAACUGCCACUGGGUUGUGAUUUAAAUCUCUUCCCAGAAGAGGGUGCUAUUCAUGGAUUAUUCUAUUCAUUUUGAGCUUUUGUGUUUGAAAAAGCUUAAAUGUUAUGAGAAACAGCUUAUGCAAAACAAUAGGUGAAACUGACAUUUAUCUUACCAUGUAUUAGGAUACUGGGUGGAAGUCGUAGUUGGAACAUUCUGAAUGUAUAACGUACUGGUUGUGUAAAUGUGUAGCUAUAGUCUGAUGCCAAAGUGGUGUGUGGGGGGGGGGAUGUGUCAAGCAAGUUGGUUGUUAGAUGUGUAUUACCUGCGUUGUUGUGGUCGCCAGAAUUAGAGCAGUCAUAGAGAAGUCACGGGUAUCAACGAAUGUGGCAUUUCCGUAUGUAGGAGUUGACUGCACACCUUUUUGAUCAGAGAGAACCUAGCUAUAUAACUAUUUACAGUCUUUGUCAGCCAAAUCAGGAAUGUACGCAAGCGAGAUAUACAAUUGCCAUAGGGGACUCCUCAGUAAAUGGGUAUGUUAAUGAGUGUAUGUGUGGUGUUGGACCAGGAAGUACAAGAGUGGCUAGAUUGAGAUGGUGAACAAUGGCAAGCCCAAGUAAAUAAUUAUGCAAAAUGACAUUUCAAUCAUGCACAGACCAUCUCCAGUUAGUAGUUAUUGCAUGAAAUCCAGUCUUACAAUGGCCUGAGCCCACGGUGCAUAUGGAUCUCCCCCUAGUGGUUUUCUGAGAAAAAGACACAAUGAAUAACAAGUAUGUUGAUGGGUGUGUUUUCUUGUAUUAAAAGGCAUAUCACGUCAAUAGAUCAUUAGAACUGAACAGUAACCAUACGUUCUAGUCCCAAGCCCUUGCAGAAAAAGGUGCUCUUCAUAUAAAGCUGAGACUACGAGCCCUAUCAGAUGGUCUUUGUAUAAUCAAUGUUGAUAUCAAUAUUUUUGAUUAAAUCAAUGUCAAGCAGUUGAGCAUUUGCCACCUGAUUUGUACCGUCAGUCUGCGUAUUUGUGGAAAACAAAUAUCGAUAACUACAGGUUGAAUAAUAAUAAUAAUAAUAAUAAUAAUAAUAAUAGUCUCCGCCUUAUACAUAAAAUGACAAUAGAUCCAAUAUUUAAUCUUUAUCAUGCUUAUUUGAGUCGUGGGAGUGUGUUUGCAGGACAUUUUCAAAGGUAUUUCAGAUGGUUUAGCUUCUCCAUUGCUUAGCUUUACCACGUAGUAGUUUUCGCUUAAAUGAUUGUCUAGCUUUGAUUUAGGCAGAACAUUGUCUAGAUGGGCUGAGAGUAGUAGUAGUAUGAGGGUAGGAUAGGCUGGCUUUACUCUUAUCCAGCUACAGUAAUGGCUCUUGUAUUACAGAGGAAAGUGAAAGCCAACCAUGUAAAUGACAUAGCGGGUGCAUAUCUCUGGUCGAACUAUUUUACUGUGGGCAAACAAAACCUUUAGAAAAUAUAAAAUCGGACGUGUAUACAGAAAGGCUGCUCUCCUUUGCCAAUCUUCCCUUGAAGGUCUACAGUUGAAAUAACAUCCCUGUUUAGUAGAGAAUAACUUAUUUUCUCAACUUCAAUGUAACAAUGAAUGUACUUAAGGCCAGCGUAUUUGUAAUAUUAAGUUAUGUAUCCACCUGUAAUAUAUGCUUGUAUACAUUAAACCUUUUUUUAAUGCAUGCUCAUUAGCUUCAGUCCACAAACCUUAAACUGAUUGGCUCCUGAAAGUCGUCUUUGUUUUCCUGAUCCUUAGCAUAGGCACAUAUUGUCAAAUAAUUCAUUCCCCUUCAGUCAUCACAUUGAAUAGACAUCUGAGUAAGAAACUGUCUAUGGUCUCAUCUUAUCGCUGUUCAUCAGAAAGCAAACGUUUUCGUUUUAAUUUCAUUUAAUAAUUAUGAUUUCUUAGUUAGCUUUCAUAUAUAUCACGGGAACAUUUAGACUACUAUAAAAUGAAAACCUUUUAGCCACAAAGUGUCACACUGGUGGAAAGAUCGGUCCCGUUUAAAAACGUUUUCUUUGUUUGUGUGAGGUGUUGUGCGAUUUUGGCGUAUGCUUGUCUUGGUUCUGAUAUUCCACUACAGUACACACUAGAUAGUAAUUUUCAAACUAAUGCUGUCUCAGGCAACUAAUCCAACAUUUCAUUUAUUUUUGACACCUUUCUUGGAAUGUCUGCCAAUGUUAGUUCUUAAGACACUUACAACCUCUAACAUGACGUGAUGCUUCAUGUGCAACUGUUUGCUGUCUGUGUCAUGGCUUCAGCAUGCCCUGCUAUGAUGAGCGUCCCAUAUCUCAGUCCUCGCUCCCCCUUGAGUAGACAGCACGAUUGUUUGAGUAUUCUUUGGUUGAGCUGAUUCCAAGCACUAGCCCAGGAUCGUCGUCAUGCAAAGUAUGACCCACAGUGAUGCGAUCCUAAUUUAAAAACCUUCAUAGAGCUUCACCAAACUAAUGCCAUAUACGUGCAUUUAACAUGCAGGACUGACAUGGGUGUUUUGUAUCCUUCAGAAAGUAUUGAGGGCUUCAGAAUGACUUGGCUUUUUAUAUACCAACUUACCAAACUACCUCAGAACGGUCUCGGGUGCUAGCGUUGUAUAUCCCUAAUUUAUGACGAAGACAAAGAUCAAUUGUAGUGACCAAACAACACAAACCAAUACUGUGUAUGAUAUAGACAUUAUUUUACUUUUUAAAAAUUAAUUACAGAUUAACUUUACAUACUAAAAUAAAGUUCAAAGGACCACAUUUUGUAAUUGCAGUUCAAGUCUCAAUGUUCUUAUAUAUGCAUGCGAGUCCUCCCUUCUUUUUUUUUAUGUAGUGAUAAAAAAAAUGAUCAAUGAACGCUUAGCUAGCAGAAACUGAGUUGGGAGUCGUUCGCGUGGUCAUGACUGGAUGAUAUAUUGACGUGCCAAUCGAAUGGCUAUUUAGAUGGACAAAUUAUCACUAUUCAUGCUAAACGUUUUUGGUAGUAUUAAAUAGAAAUAGUGGGCUGCAGAUGGAGAGAGAGGCUUGUCAGUGGGAUGACAUAUGCAGAGCAAUAACUACUGAAGUCCAAGCUAGGGUUGUGAUUUGCUUGACUAGGUGUAUUAGGAGCCUAGUCAAGGUGUAUGGCGCGUCACCUAGUCAGCUACAUGAACCCUGGCUUGUGGUCUAGAGUCGACUACAGCAGGCCUCCGAGUAGAUGGCAUCUUUCAUUCAGCCUUUAAGAGAUGACGAGGAUGUCUGAUCAUUGGAAUAUACUUGUAGCUUAGCAAACCUACACUAGCAAACAUAAAUGGUCCACAGUUAAAGCUAACUAAGGGUCUGACACAAACUGCAUCUUUAAGUGAUUUUAUCCAGUACCACAAUAAAACCGGCAAGGCUUUUACCAAUUUUAAUCUGUUCUUACACCCAGAAAAAGGAAAAUCACUAUCAAACUAUUAAUUAUCCACAUUUGUAAUGUUUUUGAUAAGGAUAAUACAUUUAUUUGUGCAUGCUACAUUUUACGAAUUGAAUACAUUUGAACUAUACUUUCCUCAAUGUUGUACAUUGUGACAUGAUAUACUGAUGUAGCCUACUGGUAUAUUUCAGUCACUUAAGAUAAUCUGAUAGCCCAAUGGAAAGGUACAAAAAAGGUAUGGAAAUUCAAUUCCAAUUAUGGUGUUGUGCCUUUUUAGAGAUUUAUUUUCCAUCUAUCCUAUUUGAGUUGCUCACCCAUAUUUGAUUAACAGCACCACAUAAAAUAAUUUCUACAUUAUCAUGCGACCUUGAGUGAAGACACUGCAUAGAACGAUCAGUAUUUGUGUUUUGCACUUUCAAAGCAGUUAAAAAAAUAAUUUUUAAAAAAGCCCGCUUGAGGCUGGGCAGACAGAAAAAUUAAUAAAACACAAGGUAUUUUAUGCUAUCAAUAGGAGUUAUAAGGAAUAAUAUGACUGAAGAGCUUUUCUAAAAAGGUAAAGAUAUAUAUAUAUUCAUGAAGUACCUCAUAAGCCUGAUAAAUGCUGCAUUUACUUUUCUCAUUUUUAUUUUGUCUUCAUAUUGUCCAAUAAAAUGUAAAUAUCCCCUCUCUGGGAGGUUUGAAUGUCACAAGGCUGUGCAUAUGCCAUGCAAAACCUGUUCACUGUCAUAAAAAUGUAAUGGUCUUUUCUGAACCUGAGGCCAAAAGAAAUGGUUGUGUGAUUGUCAUGUAUGCAAUUUUAACAAUAAAUUUGAUCAUCAGAAUAAUUCUAAAUUGUAGCCACAUACUUUCCAUGUUUUGCUUGUUAGGAUGCUGUGAGUGUCCAUAGAACCCCCCAAAAAAUUGGGUUCAGUCACUGAGGAAUUAAUGUCAUUUUCCAUCAACAAAACAAUGGCGACUCCAUACUGUUCAACGUGACCGUUGACCCCGGUAUUGCCGUGAAAGGGCUGUAACUGCAACUGUUUGUCAUCCUGAUCUUUCUCUCGCACACCUUUUGUCUUAAGAUAGCCUUAGAACUUCAAAUGGGGUACAUCCUUCUUGUAUAUUUGGCCUUAAAAGUACAUAAUUAUGCACUAGAAUCCACAACUUGCGAAAAAGCUUGAUUCCCAUACAUAGACACCUUAAGAAACCAUGUCAUGCAUGCGUCAUUGCCAUAUAUCUACCUCCUAUGAAUGUAAGUGUCCUGGAGAUGCAGUCACCUGAUUAAUUUUAUUUGAUCCGUUAUUACAUCAUUUUUUAUGACUCAUCCUCAAAUUAUAAUCAAUUAACGUUUUUCAAAAGCCCUACAUUUCCUCAUGUCUUGACUUUUCACAGUAAACACAAUUUCCAGGACACUACAAUUUCUGUUUUAACCCUUCAAGGAUUUUUUUGUUUCUUUUAAAUGUAAGCCAUUGAGGAGAAAAGUGACCAAAUUCUCUCUUUGCAAAGGCAGCCCUGCACAGUCCUGUGAACUCAAACCUCCCUCGCCUGUCAUUUUGAUGUUCAGUCUUGAGUUUCUCUCUUUUACCACAUGCCAAAACUGAAUUUUCUUUCAUUCCUAUCAUGGAGUCUUUUUGGUGCUGGUUUAUUUGUUCGGAUCCACUGCUAAUCUCCUUGUUCUAGUUGUUGUCGUAAAGUGUCAUUGGGUUUUGAUUUCUAUUACUUUGGUUGUUAACAAUUAUGAUUACAUACACAAGAUAUGCUGUAAAACCCUGAUAGGAAAUAAUGUGAAUAUGUUUCACUUAAUAUAGUUCACUCUGGCUUGGCUGUAAAUUGCAUUAAUUAAUAAAAAUGUAAAGUUUC